UCUGCUGGCAUUUGUUUGACUAAUUUUACAUGAAGCAGUUUUGUUUUAGUUUUUUUGAAAGUCACAAUUCUAACAGAUGCAGUUGUGCAUCUGUGGAUGAGUGUGUGACAGUAUGGGUAUGUUUGAAGGAAAUAUGCAUGUAUGUAUGAUCACAUGAUGCUGAUUCAAUUAUGUUUAGCAAUAUGAUUGUACAGAAAUUAUGAUUUGUAAAACAUUUUGUACAGAUAGUUGUAAUUUUAACUGGAAUAUACUUUAGGUGGAAUAUACUUUAGAUGCAUUCACAGAUCUGUUCAUUUUUAAAGACUGUGACAUGGUGAUUUGUGCUGUACAAAAAGACAAAAAGAUACACUCAAAACAUCUAUGCAAAAUAUUCAAGAACCAUUUAAUUAUGUGCACAAUUUGGAGGAUAUGAGGAAAAUCUGAACAGGUGUGUCUUGGAGUCUGAUAAGCGAAUCAAAUGGAUAAUGUUUGUUCGGAGAAACAGAAAGUAAAAAGGAAAAGGCGGGAUGGUUGAUCAGUAUCUUGGUCAGAAAAGAGCCGUGGUGGGAAUAUCCAUCACCAUUAUCGUGCCAUUUCUGAAUUUGCAUGCUGAAUGAGUGAAACACAACAAAAGCAAAAUGUGUGGAGUGAAAUGCAUCACUUUUGUGCUGUGGAUUGAUAUUCUCAAUGUAAUAACAGGAGAAAACAAUUCAAAACUGGUAUUAACUCCGUUACAUCCAGUGAUUCGUGUUGGUGAGGAUUUGGAGAUGACCUGUCAAGUGAUUGAUUGUCCGGUUAAUGUGACCUUCGUGUGGACAUCAGCAAUGGACAAAUUUCUUGCAGCAGAAUUUAAAAAUGAGCAUACUGUUUCCUAUCUGCUGAUCAGGAGCAUCUCUGUUAUACACAGUGAAACUGUCAUGUGCAAAACUACCUGUGAUGGAAAAAUCCUACAGAAAAUGACAAAGAUAGAGGUGUUCUCAUUUCCAGAAGAUCCCGUACUGCCCAAAAUAAAGAGUCUCAUAGCAAACCAAGAACAGAAGCUCAUCUGCACAGUCCACAACAUUUACCCUUUGGAAAGGUUUCACAUUGAGUGGCUUCGUGGAGAUAAAACCCUCCAUAAGGAAGAACUUGAUGUACAAAAUUUAGACCAUGUUCAGAAUUAUUCCUCUGUGUUCAAUUACACACCUUCUGUCGAUGAUCUAGGCAAGAAUAUUAGUUGCAAGGCAAUCCUGAAUCUCAGUGGUCUGGAGAAAACAACAACUGCUGAAUAUGGUCCAGGGACUAUGACAGUUUCCAGUAAUAAUACUUCUGUAAAGCUUGGCGAACAUUUGGAGAUAGCAUGUCAUGCAGACGGAAACCCCAAGCCAAAAAUAUUUUGGUGGAAACUAGGGGAGACUGAGCCUGAACAUCAGAGCCAGAAUAACAAGCUCAUAAUAAGUAAUGCUUCCUGGUCUCAGGCAGGUUGGUAUCGGUGUGGUGCAAGCAAUAAUGUGGGAAGCCAGCAAAUGAGUGUAAAAGUCAUUGUUACAGGUCCUCCGAACAUCCCCAAAAUCCAGUUAAGCCAUAGAGGAGAGCUGAAAGAAGGAGAGAACAUAACCAUAUUCUGUUCUUCAGACGGCGGGCCAGCAAAACUGAAACUGUACAGACAGUCCCAGAGCACUGCGACAGGAGGUCCGAAUGAAUCAGCUGUGCUUUUAAACAUCUCAUCAAUCCAAAUAACAGAUGCAGGGAUUUACAUAUGUGAAGCAAAAAAUGACUUUGGCAUUGAGAGAAGCACAAUGAACAUUACAGUCAAAGCACAACAUGGCAUCUCGAGAAAUCCAGACCUGCCUGUCGCCAUACUGCCGGCUGUGGGGUCAGUGUCACUGUUGACCGCUGCUGGACUGCUGAUCCGACACUGCAGAAAGAAAGCCAGGAGCGACUCCAGUACACUCGGCUAA